AUGUUGCCAGUAAUUCCCCGUGGAACGCCUGCAGAUAAAUUGAAUGCUUGGCUGAAGGUAUCACCUUUAUGGAAUAACGUAAAAACAUUAUCGUUAACCACUAAUAUGAGAGCUCAACUUCAAAAUGAUCAAUGUGCUGCACAAUUUUCCAAACCAUUGUUAGCUGUUGGAAAUGGAAAAGUCCCAGUUGAUGCGAUAUCUGGAUUAAUUACUCUUACCAACGACUUUUGCCGAUUUUCAACGAUCAAUUCUUGCCGCAAAAAAAAUGAUGUACACGCACUGAAUUUCACCAUUCAAUCAAAAAUUGCUGGCGAUUUGGUGACAUACAAAUCCGUUGAUUCUAUAACAAAUCCCGAUGAUGUAGUAAACUAUCCAACGGAGUUUUUGAACUCUCUGGAGUUACCAGGAUUUCCACCACAUAACUUGCAACUCAAAGGUGGUACAGUUAUUAUGAUAUUGCGUAAUUUGAAUCCACCACGACUUUGCAACGGUACUCGACUUUCGGUAAAAAGACUUAUGCCGAAUUUGAUUGAGGCAACCAUUAUUAACGGAAAGUACGCAGAUGAAAAUGUAUGUAUUCCUCGAAUACCAAUGAUUCCGACUGAUCUUCCGUUUGAAUUCAAACGAUUGCAAUUUCCAGUUCGCCUUGCGUUCGCCAAUUGGUGUGUAGCUGCUUUAGGUAUAAGCCGAAGCACCGUACUUCGUACAUCUAAAGAAAGUAAAAUGGUGGAUGAUAGAAAAAUGACGAUGACGGCAGACAGCUGUGACAGCGAUUCUGAUAAUGAAUCAAACAGGGAUGAAAGCGACUCGAGUUUAAGCAAAAGUGAAAAUUAA